AUCAGAGUUUACUGCUCACCGCACCUCCGUUCCUCUCUCCUGAGUCUCCUCUCCUCGUCAAGUCAACAGUCGCCACUGUCCACUGUCCCCACCCGACUGCCUCCAUAAAAAAAAACCGAGGUCCAACAAACAACCACUGCAAUCUCCAUGCCCUUCCUUCCUUCCUUCCCCACACACCAUCUCUCUUUCACAUGAGGAUUUCUUUCCCUUCUUUCUUUCCCACAAAUAUUCCCAAAGAAUCUUCUGUGUUGCUUCUCUCCUCGGAUUCCUCUUCCCCUCCUCGCCUCCCACUCCAAUUAUUCCUCUCCUUACUGACUUGCUUCGCUUCUCUGUUAUCUCUGUCCUCUCCUCGUGUUUGUUCUUCCUACCAGCGGAGCGCGAGCUACGCGCUGUGCCUCGUGCCUAGACGAACGGCAUAGGCACCGGACGGUGGCGUCAUGUGCGUGGAGGAGCCGAAGGACGCCGAACGGUUUGGUUUUGGAGACCCAGGGGUCGAGGAGCCCGCUAAGUUUCCCUUGGCUCAGGUCUUUGAUGGUCACGGUGGAAAAGAUGCUGCCCAUUUCGUUUGUGAUAAUUUACCAAGGAUGAUUGUGGAAGAUUCAGAUUUCCCUCUUCAGCUUGAAAAAGUUGUGAGAAGGUCCUUUAUGCAGAUUGAUUGCCAGUUUGCUGAGACAUGCUCUCUCCAUAGAGCAUCGUCCUCCGGUACAACUGCACUUACAGCAAUGGUUUUUGGAAGGUCUCUUCUGGUCGCUAAUGCCGGUGACUGUAGGGCGGUUCUUUCCCGGUGUGGCACCGCAGUCGAAAUGUCCAUGGACCACAGGCCUUGCAGUCUCAGCGAAAAACUGCGCGUAGAAUCGCUUGGUGGCUACGUGGACGAUGGCUAUCUGAACGGUCUGCUAGGAGUCACCAGAGCACUUGGUGACUGGCAUCUCGAGGGCAUGAAAGGAGCUGGUGAGACAGGUGGUCCCCUGAGUGCUGACCCAGAGCUCAAGAUGACCACGCUGACGAAGGAUGACGAGUUCUUGAUAAUUGGCAGCGACGGGAUCUGGGACGUCUUCUCGAACCAGAACUCGGUGGACUUCGCCCGGAAGCGCCUCCAGGAGCACAACGAUGUGAAGUUGUGCUGCAGGGAAAUCGUCGAGGAGGCGAUCAGGCGGGGGGCUACUGAUAACUUGACUGCAGUGCUGGUCUCGUUCCACCUGGAGGCCCCGCCUCGGAUCAGAGUGGACCGUCCUGGUAGGGUGGAGAGGAGCAUAUCUGCUGAAGGGCUCAAUAGCCUCAGGAUACUCCUGGGAAGGCAGUAGCUGCGUUCUUGUCGCGAUUUUAGGUGCUGUGCCGCAUUGCCGAGCUGUAAUUGUUUGUAGUCAUCUCGGCUCCUCAUUGUCGUUAGCUGUUACCCGUUGCUGCGACUGCGACACGUGUUACGAUUCUUGUUGGUGAUUGAACCAACAAACCUGAUAUUAUUCUUGUUGGUGAUUGAACCAACAAACCUGAUACUAUUCUUGUUGGUGACUGAACCAACAGAUUUGAGCUCUGUCCUGUGAGAGAUUUUAAGCAGAUGAAAGUAUAUCUGGCAAAGAAGCUGUGAGUUCCCAGCUCACUGUGUAAUGUUUGCCUUCCGUUAUGUAACAAAACAAAACAAUUCAUUGACUGAAAUGUGUCAGGACUGGGUCAAAUUUCCUGUU